UAGAGCAAGCUAUCCAAGCGGCAUCCGUUCCUCAUUGGACUAACCCUACUACGCCAAUUCGUGGAUCAAACAGAACAUGGCGGAACACAGGAUUACUGUGCUCUAAAAACAUGGACACUGGUCAACGUGCUUAGCCUCCGGACUGGAAAUUGACCAUUACGUUUUGACUAGUACAGCCGAGGGUCAGUCAUGCCGGUUGUUACAUUCUUGGACUACAUCCUCGGGCCUCUGAUAGUCAACCCUGGAUACCGGAAGGCCUUUGACGACAAUUAUAUAGACCGGAUAUCCCGUUACUACACAAUCAUCUUUCUACUGUUCUUUAAUACGUACGUGGUGACAGAGGAAUACGUGGGCGAACCCAUAUACUGCUGGUGUCCCCCGGAGUUUACGGACAACGAGGUCUGGUAUACAGAGAAUGUCUGCUGGGUGUCAAAUACAUAUUACAUUCCAUUUUCAAAAACGAUUCCCCCUAACUACCAAGUACGGAAGGACGAAUCGAUAGACAUCACGUAUUACCAAUGGGUUCCGUUGGCCUUGUUCUUCAUGGCUCUUCUCUGCUAUAUCCCACGUUUUAUAUGGAGAUACGCCACAGCAAUGGCUGGUCUCGAUUUGAAAAAGUUCUGCGUCAUCGCCAAACAUUUCAGAGAUUCUUCACCGGAAGAGAGAGAAAUGCGCUUGCGCAAUAUGGCCACAUAUAUGGAUGUUUGGUGUACGGGGAUAAAUCGUUACAGAGCGGGGUUUUAUGCGCCUGUCCGUGAGAAGCUCAGUACCUACUGCUCCCUGGGAUGUGGUCGACACUUCGGUACCUUUUAUAUAAGUCUAAUGCUAUUCAUACGGUUCCUUUACUUUGCUAACGCGUUUGGCCAAUUGUUUUUCUUGAACGAAUUCCUCGGAAAUAAGUUUUACGUGUAUGGAUACGAGGUCUUCCAAGCCUUUCUAGAAGGUAAAGACUGGACGAUGUCGCCGAGAUUUCCACGUGUGACCUUGUGUGAUCUUGAAUUUCGACAGUUGAGUAACGUACAGCGUCAUACCUUGCAGUGUGUGCUGCCCAUAAACCUAUUUAACGAAAAGAUCUUUCUGACUUUAUGGUUUUGGUUUCUCGGCCUCUCUAUAUUAUCUCUUGUUAAUUUGUGCUGCACUAUCGCCAUAUUUCUCAUCCCAUCUUUCAACGAGAGUUUCAUCAAAAAGUAUUUAAAUAUGUUAGGGGUUUAUGGUACGCCAGCGUGUUCUAAGAAAUUGGCUUAUAAGUUCACUCAUCGUUACCUACGGCAGGAUGGCGUGUAUGUCCUUAAGGAACUCUCUGCGAACGCCAACACUGCGAUCUUGCAGGAACUGUUUGGGUAUAUUUGGGAAUGCUUCCUCGAAAGAGAAAAGCGGAACGAAUUCGUUCCGGUAUAUCGAUAUAUGCCAGCGAAUUCAUCGUAUCGUGAAAUGUCGCUGUUAUCGUUUCCAAACGCGCCUCUCAGUAAUCGGCAAGGAACGCCGCUCAUUGUCAGUAACGGCACGCUACGUCAUAUCAGCGAGGAAGAUCUUGACAGUGAAGAGAACGGAACGGAGACGUUCGUAUGACGUCAUCACAUAUAUCCCAUCAUUAUUCGGAACAUAUACCUUCGUAUUACGUCUUUCACACAUAUUCUUUCAAAAUUCCGAACAUACCCAUUCGUAUAAAUUCAUCUUAUAUAAAAUACCAAACAUUGCAUUUUGUCAUAAAGAAAACAAGCAUUUUUCUGUCUACAGUUUAGAUAUGGGGGUCAAACUUAAUGUGGAGUAGAGCGGUGAAUCAAUGCGCGAAAGAUAUUCACCUUACUAUUUUAUUAAACAACAAACACAAGUGAGUCACACGGGAGUGAGUCGGGCCGUUAUACAAUGUAUCAGUGGUAUAUGACAAGGUAUACACUAUUGGCAGACGUAAUAUAAUUGACUUGUAGGUUUUCGUGAACUUAUUUUACGAUUAUGAUUUUAAACACUGACCAUACAUAAUGUAUGUCUCUUAAAGACGCUUCACGUGCUGAAUCUACGAUUCUUUUGAAAUUACACCGAUAAAAUAUCAAAAGAAAAAUCCAAAUUAUGACGUUUCCCGCGGGAUGCUGUACAUACGUUAAGUCUACCGGUUAAUGAUGCGAUAUGUUUUUUACUGGGCCGGAUGGAUUCCAACGCUCAUCUAUCCCAGGUAAACUUGUUUGGGAACACUAAACAGCAUACAUAAAGCCACGUUUCUGACUCUUGCUGGUGAUACCAGUUUGAAACUGUUUUUCUCGAGAGUUCAAAUCUCCGCUGAUACAUACAAAGUUUUGUUAAGAAAACUCUGUUUCAUAUCGAGCAAGAAAACGACUCAUUGUGUUCCGUUCUUGUUUAUAAGCGUUCAUCAUGUGCUAUAGCUGUUCAUGGAGCUAUGACCACGUGUACCUGUGCAAUCACACUUGUCUUUAGUUUCAGGUAUAAUACCGUCCAAUAUAUCGUAACAGUGAGAUGAUAUAGCUAAGUAAAUCAACUCUGAGAUCGACAUGUUUUAAUGAUAUAAUGUAUAAUUCAUAUAUUUCCAAUUAUAAGGAUCCAGGAAGACUUAAGUAAUGUAAAAUCCCAAAAUGCCUCUUUUACAGUCUGCCGUCUUUACUAAUAAAAUAGCUCAUUUGUAAUUGACCUCAUCUUGAGCACCCUACAUAUUCAGCGCUCAGUAUAUCGACCAUUUAUAACUAGUAUUAGAAAACUGAUUUCAUUCUUUUUUGUAUGAGUAUUGUAAUUAUUGUCUUUUAAGUUCAACAAUACCUAGAUAACUUCCAAAAUAGAAACAUAGUACAAUAAUGUUUAUGUAUUGUUAAAUUUGUGACGUAUACUUGUGAUAUAUUAAA